AGUGGGUGCUGUAGCCACUCAGCCAGGAGCUAGAGCUCUCAAAUCCAACACAGGAAGACAGGGCAGGACACUGCACACUUCUGCAACAAGAAUACACAUUUCAAAGCAACAGUUCAAGACAACAGAAGAAAUGAAGACAACACUGGCAACUCUGAUUCUCUGCCUGGUGGUGCUCAUGGCCACAGGUUUCCCUUUUGAGAGGAAAGGAGGAUCAUCCUCCGGAGGCGCUGCCAAGGAGAAGCGCGUACAGUAUGCAGCGUGGGAUGAUGUGAAUGUCAUUGCCCACGGCCUGCUGCAGCUGGGCCAGGGGCUGAAGGAGCAUGUUGACAAGACCAAAGUCCAGAUGAGGGACAUCUCCACCAAGCUGAAGGUCUUCAACCGCACAGUGACCGAGCUGGGAAAGGAAAGCCAGAGGCUGCGAGUGGAAGGGGAGGCCCUGAAGGUUCAUGCCCAGGGACUGGAGGACAGAGAGGGGCAGCUGCUCAAUGUAACGGCCGAGCUGAGGGAGAAGGCAGAGGAGAUGCAGCAGGAGAGGAGGACAAUGAGCGAGAGGAUAAGCCGGCUGGAGGAGAGGGUGGACAGCAUGCUGCAGGGAGAUGCAGUGCUGUCUGACACAAAUGCUGCCAAGAACAGGAGUGAUGCUCGCAACAUCCAGCUGAUGCUGGAGGCUCAGAACAGACGCAUUGACGAUCUGAUGGAGAGGAUCAGACUCCAGCAGGAGAAGCUUGACAAGCAGAACGUGCGCAUCAGGACGCUGCAAAGUCAGAUCCAGCAAUCACGACAGAGACCGUCCCCGCGGAGCAGCAGCACUGACGGCUCCGAGCAGAGAGGCGGCGUCGCGGAGCAAGGCGACUCACCAGUCGAGAUGGCAUCAGACUGUCAUGAGCUGUUUUUGAGAGGAGAGUCCACCAGCGGGGUCUACACCAUCCAGCCAAUAAACGCAGAGCCAUUUAAAGUCUUCUGUGAGAUGACAGCUGAUGGUGGAUGGACAGUGAUCCAAAGGCGCCAAGAUGGCUCAGUGGACUUUGACCAGCUAUGGCAAGCCUAUGAGAAAGGCUUUGGCAAUCUGAAUGGAGAGUUCUGGUUGGGUCUGGAAAAGAUCCACUCCAUUGCCAAAGAUGGCGGCUACAUCCUCAACGUCAAGCUCUCCGACUGGGGGGAUGACUUAGCAACCGUCCGCCUCCCCUUCCGACUGGGCGGAGAGGAAACCAAAUACUCGCUCCAGAUCCAGGAGGUCGACACUUUCAGCACCUUGGAGAGUUCCCUGGGCACUGACGCCACCUCCGGCCUGCCCUUCUCCACUCGCGACCGAGACAACGACCAGAAAAAUGACACCAACUGCGCCAAGCACCUUUCUGGUGGUUGGUGGUUCAGUAACUGCGGUCGCUCCAACCUAAAUGGCAGAUACUUCCAGAGUCCUCCUCCCAAGCAGCGACACCAGAGGAAGCAGGGCAUCUUCUGGAAGACCUGGAGAGGCCGCUACUACCCUCUGAAGUCCAGCAAAAUGAUGAUCGCCCCCACUGCAAUCGAGAACAAGUCAUAAAGAACAGGAAGAGACAGAGAAAAGGUCAAGACAAAGAGAAGGAGGGAGAAAGAAGUAGAUUUUGGACUAUUCUUUCUUUUCUUGGUGCUCAGUUAAUGAGGUAGAGGUUUCCAUUUCCCUGGUUGUCUCCCUGCGAGGAAGACUUUAUACCAGAGCCAAGGCCCUCAAAAUAGAAGCAAAAAGAACUCACAUUAAACGAGUUCCAUGUUUCCACUGCUCUGUUCUCUGGGAGACGGGCAGAUUCCUUCCCUGCACCUAAAGCCACAGAUGGGAAAAAGAGACAAAAAUAAAACAUGCAGUGGAUUUUUUAUUUUUUUUAAGUGUUUCAUUUUAACCAUUGCAGUCAAUUCCUUCUGUUGGCGUGAAUCAAGGGCCCCUAGUCCAGAGAGUGACGCAGAGCGAGUCCAGGCCUGUCUGCUGUGCUGUGAGCCACAGAACAUUUCCAACAAGUCAAGACUCCUCACCAGACUUGCGGUGGCAACAGCGCAUGCGGACUGUUGUCAAGUUUAAGUGUUAACUUUGUAGCGAGUAAACAGCACUGUCAGCUCGAGAACAACUUAAGAACUGCACUUGUUUUGUAGAGGAUUCAUUCACGUAGGAGUGAAAUGCAGGACUUAUUAAGCAAGCCUUUUAAACCCAAUGGCGCGGACCAAAUGGUGACUUAGUUACAACAAAGAGACAUAUUCCACAUGAACAUGAUGAGAUUAGUGUUCAAAAGUGUUGUGUAAAGUUAUAAAAUCACUGUAAACUAGGAUCACAAUGCAGAAACUGUGUUAAGACGUCGGAAAGCAGCUCCUGGGGCACUGAAAACCAUUUCAGCCUUUUGUACAAUAUACAGUAUAUUCUGCCUAUAAUUGUGAGUCAAAUUGAACAUAUUCUUCACUCACUUAAAUUUUUCUGUGGAGAUUUUAGUGAUGUUAAGUCAUAUUGACUACGUUUAAGAUGAGAGACAUGGUUUUGUACAUAGUGUAUGAAGAAAUGUCGUCUGUCUUUUCAGAAGUGUAACUGUUACUGAUUUGUCGUGACAUUGUCUGUGUUGUUGUGACUUGAGAGUUUGUCAUUGUAGAUGUUUUCUUUUCCUAUUUAAAUGAUGUAAAGAAUCAAUAUAUAUAUUUCUGGUGCUGCCUGUUUGUAAUUUAUAUUGUCUUUGUUGUGUUUAACAGAUGUAAGAUUGUUUUUUUUAAGAGAAAAUACUUGUCUUUUGGCCAAAAUGAGCCAAUAAAAUUGAUUUAAACUAA